UUGUGAGCCCUUCUGGACUAGCGCGCAGCUCCAGCUCAGCAUUUUGGACACUGUCUGGAUGUCAUCUUUAAGCGGGAAGGUCCAGACUGUCCUGGGUCCGGUGGAUCCAGACCUCCUGGGAUGCACCAUGACCCAUGAACACCUUGCUGUCAAUGCCAGCUUCUGUGACUUUCCAGCUCCCCCUGGUGCUGAGCCAGAGCCAGAAAACCCCUUCCAGAUGCAGCACAUGCACUGGCUGAGGCAAAACCCCUACAGCUGUCGGGAAAACCUGCAGCUGCAGCAGGAGACCGGCGCGGUGCGCGACGAGCUGCUGGCAUACAGGAAGGCCGGAGGAGGAACCAUAGUGGAGAACACAACCACAGGCAUCGACCGGGACCUGCCCACCCUCAAACAGCUGGCAAAGGACACCGGGGUUCACAUCAUCGCAGGAGCUGGGUUCUACAUCGACUGUACCCACUCUGAUGCCACCAGGAAAAUGAGCGUGGAGAAGCUCACAGAUGUCAUUGUCAGCGAGGUGCUUCACGGUGCCGAUGGAACAGACAUCCGCUGUGGCGUGAUUGGAGAGAUUGGCACCAGUUGGCCUAUCACAGACAGCGAGACCAAGGUGCUGAGGGCCACGGCUCACGCUCAGGCUCAGCUGGGCUGCCCGGUCAUCAUCCAUCCCGGCAGGAGUCCUGCCGCUCCAGCUGAAAUCCUCCGGAUUCUCCAGGAGGCCGGAGGGGACAUCAGCAAAACCGUCAUGUCUCACCUUGACAGGACAAUAUUUGAUGAAGCUGAGCUGCUGGAGUUUGCAAAGCUGGGGAGUUACCUGGAGUACGAUCUGUUUGGAACGGAGAUGCUGAACUACCCGUUUCACCUGGAAGUGGACAUGCCCAGUGACAGCCAGAGAGUGAAGGCAUUGGCCUUCCUGGUGAAGGAGGGCUUCGAGGACAGGCUCGUGAUCUCACACGACAUCCACACUAAGAACCGUCUGGCCAAGUUUGGCGGCCACGGCUACUCCCACAUCCUGAGGAACAUAGUUCCCAAGAUGCUGACGAGGGGCAUCACACAGCAGCAGGUGGACAAGAUCCUGAUGGACAACCCCAAACACUGGCUGACCUUUAAAUAAAUAAAAGAAGAGGAAGGCAGUUUGAUGAAGCUGUGUUUUUACCUCCACACACUGUGAUCACCAUUAUUAUUGUGACUUUGUUUCCCUUUUACCUUACUGGUCACAGAGAAUACAUGUUUAGAUCUACCUGCAAUUUUUGUACUUUUUUAUUUUAAGCUUAAAAACAUUUAAAUUGUUCUCAGGAACCGUUCUCCGUUAAAAUCUUGUUUGCAGUUUAGCAAAACUUUUUACCACAUUUUUUAGAGGCUUUGUGGAAUAUUGUUCUUUUUUUUUUUAUUCUUUUGGCCCCAUUUUACUUCAUAUCUUGUGUUUUUCUUCAGAAAUAAUACCUUCACAGGUGAUCAUUUCUAUGUACAGAGGUGAUUACACAGACAGUACUACAGUAAUUGACUUCUUAAUUAAACUAAACAUCCUUG